GUCCUCGGGCCGCGCGGGCAGGGGGUGCGAGGUGCCCUUGAAAGGGAGAGCUGAGGGAUGUGGGAGAAGAGCGAGGAGCUUUACCUUAGCGCGGGCGCGGAGCGCUCGGAACCGCAGGCAUCGGGCAGGCCUGGCGCGACUGAAACGGCAGGCCGCGCGUGGAGGAGCGCUUCUUGUCUGUUGGAUGGCAUUCCCGUGCGGGCGGUCCGGGAGGCCCCGUCAGGGCGCCUCGCUGCCUCCUGCAUUGCACAAUGCCGCCGCUAGGGGGCAGAGCUGCGCCGCCACAGACAGCGAAGGAACGAGUUCCGCGAGAGGGCUGGGCGGGAAGAGGGAAACAGAGCUUGUUUUGUUUCCAUGGGAAAGGAUGCUGUUGAGUCAAGAUUAGGGAAUCACUGCUGACCUGUUGCUGCGAGGAGACCUCGUUGAGGCCUUGCGGUACUUACGGAGAGCUUUAAGCAGGAGGGAAACCAACUUUUUACGUCUGACAAUAACAGAAGGAGGGGGAGUGGUUUUAAACCAAAAGAGGGGAGAUUCAGAUUAGGUGUCAGGGGGAAACUCAUCAUUCAGAGGCCCUGGCACUGCUGCACAGAGCUGCGGGUGCUCCAUCCUUGCAGGUGCCCAAGGCCAUGGAUGGGCUCCGUGCAGCCUGAGCUGGUGCCCCAUGUAGUGGCUGGUAACCCUGCCUGUCCCAUUAAUCCUGCUCCGGUCACAUUAUCUUUGAGAUCCCUUCUGACCCAAGCCAUUGUAUGGUUCUUGAGCCCCCUGCUUUUGCUCAGUUUUCUUUUCAAAAGAACAUCUCUCUGGUAUGUAACAACUCACCUGGAGGAGCACCAGGGCUCUUUGAGAUGGGAUCUCCCAGCUACUGCUGCUUUCCUCAUGAUCCACAUGAUUUCAAGUGUGGCUUUGCAGUCACCAAUGGUCCUUGACCACGCACCAAGAUGUGCACUAAAGCCAUAUAAUUUCACUGCCUGCGCUGCACAAAGUAGCUGCAGAGGGACUGGUGCUUCAGACAUGUAAAAUAAGAUGGUGCCAUUAGGUUGUUUUAAGUCAGAGCUGCUUCCCAAGUGCAAGUGUACAGGCGUUGUGGAGCUGCAACUCAGUUGGGCAUAAUCUUAAGCUUGCCAAACAAGUGACAGAAGAGGAAAACUUCAGGUUUGUUGUAAGCAAACACAGUGAAGCAAUACUGAGUGUGAGAAAGGCACAGGGAGGGUCUGGAGCUGUUAACUUUCGGUGCAUGGGAGAGGACAAAAGUCUUUUCUGUACCUUGUGGGCUCGGGCUGUCUGUUUAAUCAUCAACAUAAAGUGGAUUGGCAGCAUUCUCACUGUUUUUUUCUCUUGUAACAGACAGAGAAAUGGGAGAGUAGAACUGCCCUCAUUUCAGCAGUUCUCCCAGAUGACAUUUGUGUCCACUUCUCUUAAAACAAGUGAGAGGUUACAAUAACCUCAGCAAUGCUUUGCUUCUCAGUAAUCAUAUCUCGUAGGUUCUCUUUAAAACAGAGUAAUCCAUUGCCUCGUGAGGCCUUCUUGGUCACGGGGAUGGAGAUCUUAAACCCAAGAACCACACGUGCUCCUUAUCUCCAGUCCCUCAAUUCUAUCGCUACACACAUAGCAAUGAAGUGUAACUUUAAGAGGCAGAUAUUACCCUUGUUCCACUACUGGGAGGAGGAGGGUGGCUGCAUGCUUGCAGGAGCUCCGCAGUGCUAUUUUAAUUGCUUCUUUCUCUUGUAGAAAUAACUCACUUUGUUCUUGUUCACAGUAAUUAGCAGUUGCACUCGCUAGAGGGCUGAAGGAGCUUUCUUCACAAAGUCAUUAUAGUUUGGCACUGAUUUUUCUUCCACUCAUUACUGUGAAUAAAACUGAAGGAUCAUCUUCUCUUCGAGGUGUAACAUUAACUGACAUUACCGUGGGUGAUAGGCCUUGGGUAAUAUGUCAAGCAUGGGAAAGGAGGCCAUGCUUUCACUGUUCUUGAAGGCUGCCUAGAGGUGCACUUUCAAGCUUUAACUUGUUUAUGGUGUUAGAUGAGGAAUGCGAGCCACCCUUAAGGAUGCUUGCUUAAAUUCUUGGAUCCCUGGCUGCUCGUUCUUCCCUUUUCAUUUGUCUGUUUUUCUUUCUUUAAGGCUGCCCUCAAUUUGUUACCAUUUCUUGAAUUUCACAUGCUACAUUCAGUGACCAGAACGCUGGCGCUAGUUGAAGUGUUUGGUGAGAAUGCAGCUGCCCUGAAUCCAUUCAUCCAUUUCUGAUCCAUGCUAGUUCAUUCAGAGUUGGCACUGGUUUAUAUUUGUUUGCCUUACAGUUCUUUCUGCAAAUGACAGCUCAAGUCACUGAAUUAGAAGGCUAGAUAACGUUCCUGCUUGCUUCUCCUCCACUCCAGUUGUACUUCAUGUAUUUGAAAGCCUUUAUAAACAUUCCACACCUUUCUCCACCCUCCCAUGUAGUCAUUUCAGCUGUUCCAAAUGUAUAAAGUGUUAAAAGGACAGCAGUUAGCAGGUAGAUCUGGAAAGAACUCAACAUCUGGAACUAUCCUGGAUAUUCUUUUAGCUGAAUACAAGUCAGAAAACUUUAUGUGGGUGGCUUGAAAGUUUGCUGACACCAUUGCAUUUAAGUACACUUAGGGAACAUGUACAGCUUGGCUCUCUUCAAAAAUGUUGUGGUGUGUGUAUGGUUUCUUGUGCAGAACUCAACUUUUAUCUUCAGAACAGGUGGCAGAAUCACAGAGAGCAGAAUAUGGCUGGACAAAUAUCAGAAACUGAUCAGAUCAAGCAGUUCAAGGAGUUCCUGGGAACAUAUAAUAAAAUUACAGAAAAUUGCUUCAUGGAUUGUAUAAGGGAUUUCACCACCAGAGAAGUUAAACCAGAAGAGAUAACUUGCUCAGAACACUGCCUACAGAAGUACUUGAAAAUGACACAGAGGAUCUCCAUGAGAUUUCAGGAGUAUCACAUUCAGCAGAACGAAGCUCUGGCAGCGAAAGCAGGACUGCUGAGCCAACCUCGUUAGACAAGAGCACUCUGUUCAGACUUCACGAGCAGUGCCAGUGUUCACUGGGCAAGAACACAUUUUGGAUUUCCUACUGUCAAGGUGCAUGUCCAGCAACUCCAGAGAUUGCUGUAGGUGUGUUUGGAAACUGGAAGCCGUGGAGGGCAAUGCAAAGAGUUGGAGAGUGCUGUCUGACAACAGAGUCUCUUGCUGAGGUCUUUUCCAUUCUGCAGUGGAAUAAAGCAAUUUUUUUUUCAGGGCCCACAGACUACUAUGUUUCAAUUUCAAGAGGAUGGGAAAGUUAUACUUUUUCUUCUGUCAGGACUGAUUCAGAGGCAAAAGAAGUGUAAUAUGGAAAUACAUUUUUUUAAUUUAAUUCAAGUAAAGUAAAUGGAACCAUA